AUGCCCAGGAGCCGCCACCACCUCUCUGUCCUUCGCGCCAGGAGAGGGCGGCCAACGCUGGACUUCCCGCGCUGGUUCCGUCAACUCCGAACCCACCCGGCCUUCGUCCUCCCAGACAUCGUCAUGUUCAGGCGGCGGAACGCGGCGGCCGACCGCGUGGCACCGCAGGCUGCGCGGCACGAGAUUGAACGCAGAGACGCGCAGGACAGUGCCUCCGACACGAGCUCGGACGCGGACGAGGGGCCCGCGCAGCUCGCGCGGCGCGAUCACUCCGGAUCAAGGUCCCCGAGCCACGACGCGCCCGCCGCGAGGCAGCCCGCGCCGCAGCAGGUCGUGGUGAUCAGCGACGACGAGGACGACGCGCCCGCGGCCCCCGCGGACCUCCUGGGCGACCUGACGCAGCGGUUGCAACACCUCCGCACUUCGUCGCGCGCCAGAGAAGCGUCGCGGCCGAGCACCGCGCGGCCCCGCGCGCCGGCGAGCCUGCGCAUCGGGCCAGAGACCGACGAGGAGGUCGAAGCGAAACGGCAGCUCCACAGCAAGGGAGCGGGCACGGAGGUGCUGUUGCGGUGCCCGGCGGCGGAGCUGCGGCGGGUGGACUUCCGCGCCCUGAGGGGGGAGGAGUGGCUGACGGACGAGGUGGUGAACUUCUACCUGUACCUCGUGCAGCGGCGCAACGACGAGGAGUGGGAGCGCGCGGGGUCCCCGCAGCGGCGCGGUGCUAGCGGCGACGGCGACGGCGGGCGGCCACACAGCGGCCGGCGGCGCCGGAAGAACCGGACGAAGGCGGCGGCGCGGCGGCGCGUGCACGUGAUGUCGAGCUUCUUCUACACGCAGCUCGCGUGCGGCAAGCGCGGCUACGACUACGCAGCCGUGAAGCGAUGGACGCUGCGCGUCGCCGGGCCCGCGCCGCUCGCGCGGGAUCUGAUUCUCAUCCCGAUCAACCACAACAACCUGCACUGGACGCUCGCGGCGGUCCUGCCGCGCGAGGGCCGCGUGUUGUACCUCGACAGCAUGCAGGGGGGGGGUCUCAGCGGCGCCGCCGCGCCGCACCGCGUCGAGCGGGCGCUGCUGCGGUGGGUCGAGGACGAGGCGCGCGACAAGGACCUCCCCGCGCCGCCGGAGCCCUGGCGCUUCGAGGUCGUCGCGCCGCUGCCGCAGCAGCGCGACGGGGGGUCCUGCGGAGUGUUCGCCUGCGUGUUCGCUGAGCGACUAGCCGCGGGGCUGGACGCGCGCGAGCUCGUGGAUUCGUUCGCGCAGGCCGACAUGCCGCGCCUGCGCGUCGGCGUCGCCGCGGACCUCCUCGCGCAGGGCCUUCGCUGGUAG